GUAGCCUUUUGGUACUAUGAGUAGUUCAGGGCAGAUUAGCUGUCUGCCAAUUUCCUGCCGCCUUUCAGAACUGCAAUCUGAGCCCUACUUGCUUCCCUGCAGGCCACGCCCACCCACUGAACAGCUGACUGUCGGGUGGACGAGUUGGGCAGCAGAAGGAGCCACAGGGAGCAACCCGCAGGGAAAGAAUCUGGACUCGGAGCCCGGGCAUCGUGUGUGUAUAGCUCGCGCUGGCUGCCGCAUGCCAGCCGCCUCAACACCGGGGAAAGAGCGUCCUGGCCGGAACAAACAGUCCCUCCCCCCCGCGAACUGUGGGAUCUCCCGGGGAUUGUUGGCAAUCCGGGACUGUUAGCAACCCUAAGUGGGGUGUCUGAUACUGGGCAGCAGCUGCUGAUAGCUUCCAUGACCAAAAUAAGAGGCACCUGUCCUGGCCAUUUUAAGCGAUAGGUCUUCUUGCAAUGGAGACUGAGUUGAAAGAAAGAGAGAAAGAAAUCCCUUCCAGGAAUAAAUGCGAGCCGCGCGCCUCUUCUCCUUUUACUUAAUCGUCCUUCCUGCUAUUACUCACGCAUCACCCAGAUUACUCCUCCUCGGGGAUUGGCCAAAGAGAUCCGUGUAAGCAAUAACGUUAUGAAAGCAUGCCCUUCGCACUCGUUGAUGCCACGGUUGUGAUUACGCCGCCAUACCCAAGAACACACACACAGAGGGAAGAACCAUGUGGCUUUUACUGCUGCUGCCGCUGCUUGCCGUUCCGGUCUUGGGCCUGAUUUACAUCUAUCUUGUCCAUCGCACAGGGAGCCCUUUUAGCCCACUAGCUGCGUCCUCCUCCCCCAGACCUCUGAUCACGGACCCAGAGGCUCGUAAGAGAGUCCUCAAGAAAAGUUUCACCGCAGAGAAAGUGCCUCCCAACUUAGAUGCUAUCGUUAUUGGAAGUGGCAUUGGGGGUCUGUCUGUGGCAGCGGUCUUGGCAAAGGCGGGAAAGCGGGUGCUGGUACUGGAGCAACAUAGCAAGGCUGGAGGAUGCUGUCACACUUUUAAUAAGAAAGGCUUCGAAUUUGACACUGGCAUCCACUAUGUGGGGCAGAUGCAUGAGAACAGCAUGCUGCGGGUGAUCAUGGAUCAACUCACCGAUGGCCAACUCGAUUGGGUUCGGCUGCAGGACCCCUAUGACGUUAUAAGCCUUGGGAACAAGGACUACCACCUCUCCUCUGGCAAGAGGGCCUUUGUGGAAGAGUUGGAGAAGCAGUUCCCAGAGGAGAAAGAGGCCAUCAAAGAAUUCAUGAGGCUAUCAAAGAUUGUGGCUACACAUAUUGCUUUGAUAGCCAUUCUCAAGAUGAUUCCCUUGUGGUUGUCGGUGUUCCUGAUCCGACUGGGCUUCAUUCACUGGAUCUCACCGGUUUUCAAACUGGCAACUUCCAGCCACGGCAAAAUCAUAGAGAAACUGACCACCAACAAGGACCUGCGAGCAGUCUUCAGCUACUUCUUCUAUGGACUUCCACCGAAGGAUGCUAGUUUCCUCAUGAAUAUUCUGUUAAUCCAUCACUAUAAGCGUGGUGCUUGGUACCCAAAAGGGGGCCCUAGUGAAAUUGUCUUCAACAUCAUCCCUGUCAUCGAGCGGUCCGGAGGCACCGUGCUUUCGAAAGCCCGCGUGGGGCAGAUCUUGGUUUCAGAGAGUGGCGCAGCCAUAGGGGUGACUGUGCAGAAAGGAAGUGAAGGCGAGGUGAAAAUUUAUGCACCUGUGGUGAUUUCGGAUGCUGGCAUAUUCAACACCUUGGGGAAGCUGUUGCCUCCAGAGAUCAGAAGCAAACCAGAGAUCCAGUCCCAGCUUGACAAGAUCCAGCACAGCAUGGGCUCAUUCCUGGUCUUUGUGGGCCUUCAGGGCACAAAAGAAGAGCUCGGCAUUGAAUCGACCAACUAUUGGGUUUACUUAGACAAUGACCUGGAUGGCAUAUUCGCCAAAUAUGCUGCCCUUCCCAAAGAGGAAGUAAGCAACAACAACCUGCCAAUGAUGUUCAUCACCUUCCCAUCUGCCAAGGACCCCACAUACCAAGAGAGGCAUCCAGGUCGCUCUUGUAUGACCCUGCUCACCAUGGCUCACUACAGAUGGUUUGAGGAGUGGUCGGGGGGCCGUGUGAGGAAAAGAGGGUCUGAAUAUGAAACCUAUAAGAUGGAGAUUGCCCAGAAACUCCUGGACAUGGCUUUGGUGAAGUUUCCUCAACUCUCUGACAAGAUAGAAUUUGUUGAAGCCUCUUCCCCACUCAGCAAUCAGCACUACCUAGCUGCCCCACUAGGUGACAUGUAUGGUGCAGAGCAUGAUCUCGUCCGCUUCAGUCCGGAAGUCGUGGCUACCAUGCGGGCAAAGACCCCCAUCCAGAAUCUCUAUCUGACAGGUCAGGAUGUCUUCAGCUGCGGUCUAGCAGGAGCUCUGAAUGGGGGCUUGAUUUGUGCCUCAGCUGUGCUCGGACGUGUUGUCUACAUAGAUCUGGUACUCCUGAAAAGAAAGCUGAAGAGAUCUAACCACAAGAAAGAGGCCUAGUGCUGCCCGCCACAGUCAUCCUCUCGGAGAGUAAACAAUGGACUGUGAUUUGGUCCCUUUGCUAAGUUUGUGUGAAAAGAGAAUGGGCAUGGAGUGACAGUGGUGAACAACAUUUCCUCCCCACCCAAGAUUUAGAAAACAUUCCCACCUCCCCGCCUUGCCAUUUUCUGGAUUUGCUGAAACUUAGGGUGUACCUGAACCACCGGUGAUGCUAGAAGACGCAUUUGGGCCAAACGUGGUGGUUUCAAAAGCUGAGUGUUCCUCCGAAAAUCCUGACAGUCAAACAAAGCUUGGCUCUGAGAGAUUUGAGAGAAGAGCACGCUGGCAACUGCAGUGGCUUCACAGGAGGCUUUGGGAUCCAUCUAACCGCUGUGUGUGGAACACAGGAAGCUGCCCUAUAAUGAGUCAGACCAUUGGUCUAUCUAGCUCAGUAUUGUCUGCACAGAUUGGCAGCGGCUUCUCCAAGAUUGCAGGCAGGAGUCUCUCUCAGCCCUAUCUUGGAGAAGCCAGGGAGAGAACUUGGAACCUUCUGCUCUUCCCAGAGCGGCUCCAUCCCCUAAGGGGAAUAUCUUACAGUGCUCACACUUCGUCUCCCUUUCGUAUGCAACCAGAAUGGAUCCUGCUUAGCUUAAGGGGACAAGUCAUGGUUUCUACGUGGACACCGCUUGCUAUGUGGCCAUGCUUGCUAUGUGGACACCCCAGUGCCAUUUCGAACAUUGGGUGUAAGGUUUGGCCUUGCAGUAGGACUUGAGUCAAAACCACCUGAACCAAAAUUGUGGGGGAGCACCGGGCAGGAGGUAAAUGCAAUAAAUACAUAAAUUAAA